AUGGCUAGCUCUCCAGUUGUACUGUCUCGAUAUGAUCCGAGCGGUCAGUUUCUGGCCUACGUCACGGUAGCUUUGGACAAACAACGAGUCUCGGUAGAACCUAUAAGAACUGCCAAAAGUGAUGGUCUGGUGAAUGAGAAUUUUCUAUAUUUGGAAGAAUCGAAUUUGCGAGCAACGUGUUUGGAGUGGGUCACGCUAACUUCCGGCGACUCUCAAAUGGUCGCCAUUGGUCUAAAUUCGGGCGAAAUCUGGAUAUAUGCGCCUGCCGCGAACCAAAUUAUCUACAAAUUGUCAACUGGCAGCAUCGAUGCAAUUCAAGAUUUCAAAAUUCAAGGCGACAUCGCGUGGUGCUGUGAUCGUGGCGACACGAUAUAUAAGUUCAGAUUGACCGAUUUUACAAUGGAGAAGAAAUUUAAAGUCGACGGCUGCGAUAAUCUACAAAAAUUAUGCAUUGUGGACGCUGAUCAUAUUCUUGUGGCAUCUCAUUCCGUUUCUCUAGUGCAAGUCCACACUCACACCGUGGAAAGAACAUAUCCAGGCCAUAUAACAGCUGUCACAAAUAUCAAAAUGGUCAACCCCAGUACGUUUUUAACCAGUGCAUCAAAUGACAGAUUUCUGAACCUUUACGAUCUUGCAAACGGUGGUACCAGCUCCGUUUUGGUAUCACAGGCAGACGUAACCCAGGUGGCCCAUUUCAAAGAUUUGGUCGUAGCAGUGGCAUUAGAAGAUGGUUCUGUGGAAAUUUUCCCCGAUCCACUCGUUACCACCAGCAAUAAAAGACGCAGGGUGGUUUCGAAGCAAUCGGCACAUCGCUUGAAAAUACAGAGACCCACCAAUGAAGAAGUUGUGGCAGUGGUGAACGUUUCUAUAAGCGCAGACAUUAUCAAUUUUGCGUGGCUCGAAAAUGCCACCGUUCCUUACAGUGAUCAAAAGCAAUGGCGUGAAUUGCCCACUUCAAGCUUAAUAACAAAAGAACGUCCUUCUGCUGGAUCUAAAAAUGUGCAUAAAUCUCUACAUGGCCAUGAUCAAGCUGCACCCAAAUCGUAUGUCGAGGGCAAUGCAACUGUCACCUCCGGUGACAAUUUUAAGCACGUCAAAGAAGCUAUUUCUGAGCUAGAAAGAAGUGGAGAUGAUUUUGAAGAGUCUCUUGCCGAGAAAUUGGCACAGUCGUCCAUAGGACCAGACCGUUUUGAUUCUAAAAAAUCGAAAAAACGUGCCACCACAGGUACACUCACAGUAGUUCUUUCUCAAGCUCUUAAAUCUCAUGAUCACUCUCUCUUAGAGACGGUGCUGAAUAACCGUGACGAGAAAAUCAUCAAAGGAACCAUUGGUCGCUUGCAACCGUCGUUGGCGGUGCUUUUGCUGGAACGGCUUGCUGAGCGUAUCGCCAGACAAAGCAAUCGACAAGGUCCGUUGAACGUGUGGGUUAAAUGGUGUUUGAUCAUUCAUGGUGGAUAUUUGGCCCGGAUGCCAAAUUUGACUUCAAGUCUGGCCUCUUUGCACUCAACACUACGGAAGCGAGCGGAACUACUGCCUCGCUUGCAAGCUUUAGAGUCCCGUCUGGAGUUUUCCCUGAACCAGCUUGACGCUUACCGUGCUCGCAACGCUAUUUCUAGUGAGGAGUACGAAAGCCGUGAGGGCAAGGCCCAGGAAUCAGAUGACGAAAAUGAGGUGGAAUACAACGAAGAACUUGACGAUGCGGGUCUGAUAGAAGAUGGAGAAAUGGAUUACGACAGUGACGUUGAAGAAGAAGACGCAGGCUCUGUAUCGCCACUACCGGUCCAGUCCGAAGAACAAGAUUUCAUUAACGAUACAAGCCUCAAGCCGGAACUCGACGAAGGAUACAGUGACGUCGAAGUCGAAUGA